AUGCAAAACGAUUUGUUGGAUCCAACUAUAUCACCAGGAGCGACGCCGCAUAUCGGACAACAUGUGACGGUCCCGGUGUUACCACUCUCUGGUCCCUUAUCGGAAACACCUUCCACCUCAAACGCAGAGCCAGAACAACCAGAUCCAAAUCGAGCACGCAAGGUUGCCGAAGUUUUCCUUACCGCUGGUCAUGCUUUUCAAAAGCUUGGUGAUCUAGCGAUGCAACUACAUAUGGGACCUUCAUCUAUACCAGCAGAGGAAAGAUGGAGCGAAAACAAUGUUGAUCACCUCCGGGAAGCCCUCACUCGUUUCGCUCAUGAACUCGACCAGAUAAGCAACAAUGUACAAGCACGCACCACAAAAAUGAUCAGCACCGACAUUCGUCGGCGACAUAUGGUGCCACAACGACCUGUAGCUUCUGCCAUUUCAACGUUGAAACGACAACCGGCGAAGCUUGGACCAGUAAUUGUACCAAAGAGAUUGAAUAUUACUAGAAACACACGACAGUACAUGCCGGCUCGCCUAUCCGCUCCACCAAGCAGUAUGUCACAAGUCGUUGUACCCACCACGAAAACGUUUCCUUUGACAAGAGCCGGUUCAUCCACAUUCGCUGGGCAGCGGCAAUACGUGAUGUCUGUGCCGCAGGCCGGUCCAUCCCGAGUUGUGCCGGUAAUGUCGACGUCUCGCGUCUCCAAUCAACCUGCUGCUGUUCAUUCGCCACAUUCGAGUAUGGUCUCUCAUCAAGGUCCUCCUACCUUAGUACCGGUGAUUUUGGACGAUCCACCACCACGAUUGGAUCAACGGAUGUGA